AUGCUUUUGUCCGAAUAUGACAUUGAGUAUCACACCCUGAAAGCUAUUAAAGGAAGUGUCUUGGCUGAUCAUUUAGCUCAUCAGCCAAUCGACGAUUAUGAGUCUAUAAAUUUUGAAUUCCCAGAUGAAGAUGUGAUGUACUUAAAAGCCGAAGAUUGCAAUGAAACACUGCCAAAUGAAGGGCCAGAGCCAGGUUCUCAUUGGGGUAAUGGUAUUGGGGAAGUAAUCAUCACUCCUCAUGGCUCACAUAUCCCUUUUACUGCAAGAUUAACAUUCAAGUGCACAAAAAACAUGGCGGAAUACGAAGCAUGCAUCAUGGGUCUAGAAGAAGCCAUUGAUCUUAGAAUAAAAAAUAUCGUUGUUCAUGGAGACUUAGCUCUAGUUGUUAAUCAAAUUAAAGGAGAAUGGGAAACUCGUCAACCCGGCCUAAUCCCAUACAAAGACUAUGCAAGGAGGUUAUCUACUUUCUUCAACAAGAUUGAAUUUCAUCAUAACCCUCGUGAGGAAAAUCAAAUGGAAGAUGCCUUGGCAACUUUAGCUUCCAUGAUCAUUGUAAAUCGUUGGAAUGAUGUGCCUAAGAUCGAUGUUAUGCAUCUUGAUAGACCCGCUCAUGUAUUUGUAAUGGAAGAAGUCUCUGAUGAAAAGCCAUGGCGGUCAUCUCUACCUUUGAGAAACCUGUUUCAAAAUCUAGAACUCGUUAUUUGA